UGACCUCAACUCACGCGUCAGUCGUCCACUUCAUUUCACACAGCGCAGUCACAUAACCUAAAAAUGUUCGUCAAGUGCCUUAUACUUUGUGCUGUGAUCGCUGUUGGGGCGUCUAAAACAGUCAUCGUGGGUCAAAUAUACGAACAAGGUGGAGUAAGAAAAGUCUACGACAAGACUGUUGAAGCUAGUGCCAUUCCUCUUUUCGUAAGAGACGAAGAAAUAAAAUUCGAGUAUCCAACGGCUGAUAUGAAAAUCAAAGGGGUUGCUAUCAAGGAUUUGGAGAACGGGAACGCGCAGCCGUCUAUCACGAGCGGAGGGCUUGGGUUCAACUUUGUGACCAUUAAACUAAAGAGCGAGCGGGGAUCAGGAUAUAGAUUCUUGAUUGAGGUCUUCGCGUGAGGUCUACGGAACUGUGUGUGCAUGCUUUUGUGCGUUAUAUUUAAAGUGAAUGUCAGUGUAUCGAAAAAUUAACAAAAGAACUGCAUCAUGUGAAGGGUCAAAAUUUGAUUCCUAAGGCCCCGAUAAUAUGUUGAAAGAAUUAAAAGUUUUAAGUUGAAAUGA